AGACAACAUACUGGAAGAACCAGGUGCCACUCACAGAGUGUUAGAUAGGACACAAGUGUCAUCAUGGCUCUGUUUGCAGUAGCUGUCCUUACAGGAGUGGUGACUGGGACUAUCCACUUCAUACAAGAGUCCCCUACCAGCCCUGUGGUUGUACGUGGGGAGGUGAGAGGACUGACUGAAGGACUACAUGGCUUCCAUGUGCACCAGUCUGGGGAUAUGACAAACGGUUGCAGCAGUAUGGGUUCUCACUACAACCCUUUUGGCAGGAACCAUGGAGGGCCCACUGAUGUUAACAGGCAUGUUGGAGACCUAGGUAACAUCAUCGCCGGUGCAGAUGGCAUUGCUAAAGUGGACAUCACAGAUGACCAGAUAUCCCUUUCUGGAAAAUACUCCAUUCUUGGAAGAGGCCUUGUGGUCCAUGCAGAUGAGGAUGACCUCGGCAGGGGUGGGUUCUCUGACAGUCUGACGACAGGUCACGCAGGUGCACGUGUGGGGUGUGGGAUCAUCGGGGAGACAACAGACGACACUCAACAGGACAAACGCCUGGAAACACCCACCAACACACGGAAAAAAAACAAGCCCUUGGAUGGGUUAGAGUGGUUAUCAGUCUUUUAGUGAAUGGCUUAAAGGCUAAAGGUAUAGGAAAUGCGUUCUGACCGACCAUAGAAAAAAUUGCCAACUCUAGUCUUUUUUUUGUGGUCCCCUGAAUUAGACAUACAUUUUUUGAGCUGAUCGACCUUAUCUAGCUCUAUGAUCUGAUACCUGAAACAUUGUACAAUCGGUUUUCCAACAU